ACAUUGCCAACUAUUGAAACUCUGCAAAUUCGAGGUGAAUGUAGAGGAGCAGUCAUUGCACGACUGAUCAAGUUUACUCCCAACGUUAAGACAUUGAUGAUAAUGGAUAUAGCAGUGUUUGGUACGGACGGCGUAUGGGUGAUAUGGUCAACUUCAAGGAUAUUUCCACUUUCCUACCGAAAUUGGAGAAUUUCGGCUGGGAAAUGGUCACCGGCACUAAGGAUAUGAGUCGUAUUCCUUAUAUGCACGAAUUCGAUGCAAAAAUCACCGGCCUUCCUGCUGAUUUGUGUAUAAAAUUAGCAGAGAAGCUUCGCGACCAGAACCAUUUUUCUGUGGAUGAGGUUGCAAAGUACCAUUCACGACAAGAACGUGAGCCAUCAAUUCUCGAUUUGAAAGGAUUGAAACAUUUCUACGCUGUAUUCACCGUUAUCGACGAAUUAUCUGAUUAUUCUGCCGGUGAUAGUGCCAGUGCAUUGACGCAUGGAGUUAAGUUCGAACCGGAAUGUAAAUCGAUGAUCACAAAAGUGAGCAAAUUUCUGGCAUUGGAUUUAAUGCCAAAUUUGAAAGUUUUCGCUCAUUGUUAUCAUUUUGAAGGCUGAAAUGUUUUUCCUUUCCGUUUUUGUUUUGCUUUGUUUAUUUGCACUUUAUAGCUGUGCUAAUUGAAUUGUUAAAUGAUGCUGGAAGUUAUUCAGAUUGUUCAAUUGAUCUUUGUAAAACUAAAUUGCUUUUGUUAAUAGAUUUUUUGGUCGUUAAAUACAAACCAGAUUUGUCAUAUUGAA